AUGCAGCCAGGGUCCGGAGUCGAUGCUGAGGACUCCCAGGGCAACUCGCUCCUGACUGGAUACCACUGUGCUGCCACCUCUGCUGGAUCUGCCAUGCUGGUGGGACAGCAAGUACCCAGGGAUGGUGAUAGUAAGGAUUUGCCUCUUCCUGUCCAUUCAGUCAAUAUCGUACAAAUCCCAGAGGAUGGUAAAGGCCCAAACUACUGGCAGAAGGUUCCCGAAGAAUUCUGUAAUUACACAUUGAAUUCACUUAUUCGUAAUCGCUUAGAACUUGAUACUUUCCAGAUAUUUCUUAAAGAAAAUCUAGCAGGCAUGGAUCUCAAGUGCUGGUUGGACAUUGAAUACUUCAGAAGAAUACCUCACAAUGAAAAGGAUAAUAGAGAUGUUAAGUCCAAAGAAAUCAAAAGCAAAUACCUGAACAGAAAGUAUUUCUUUGGACCCAGUAGCCCUGCAACAAAAGCACAACAGCAUGAGGUAAUUUUCUGA